CUGACCCGGCGGGAGCGGCACUUCAGCUGCGUGCGAGGACACGCCCGAUGGCACCGGGGGCUGAGGACAUGGGUGGGGCGGGAGCGCCUUGGCGACGGGGGUCUGUUGGGCCGGGCUUCCUUGGGGAAAAGUGUCUCUGUCGUGGGGAGUGUCCCUGAGGGAGCCCCGUGAUUCCCGGGGCUCCGCGCCGAGGCUCCUCCCGCGACUGCAGCGCAGACGGCGGUAGGGGAGGCGACCAUUGCUCCUCUGCGCGUGCGUGGCUCCGCGGCCAAUGGGCGGGCGGCGUCCUCGCGGUCCGGGCCAAUGGCGGCACGCCUCAGUGCCGCGCGCCGUUGUUAAGGGCAGCGGCGGGCGGGGGCCCAUAGCAACGGCGGGGCCGCGAUGGAGGGAGCGGCGCGACCUGGGGGUCCCGCCGGCCACAGCAUCUUUGAGGAUGAAAGCAUGAAGCUACGACAGCUGAAACUACAGAAUCAGAGAGCUCUUCUAGAGAAGAAGCAGAGGAAGAAACGUCUUGAUCCAUUGAUGGUACAGCCAAAUCCUGAGGCAAAGCUGCGCAGGUCAAAGCCCAGAGGGUGUGAGGAGCAGACUCCUUUAGUAGAAACUCCUACCCCUGUCCACAGUGAUGUUGUUUUACAGGGCAUUGAUGGACCAGCUGCUUUCCUGAAAUCAGAAGUACAAGAUUUGGGGACCAAGCUUCAAGGUCUCUCUGCUGGAUCUACUGAAACAGAAGAAAAUGUAGAUAAGGAAAAUGAUGGAGAGGCUCUAACAGACACAACAGGCAAGCCAGAUCUGCAAGAAAUCUUACAGAAACGAGGAAUUUCAGACAGUCUGAAUUUUGAUGAGGAGGACACAGAAGAGGAAGAAGCUAGUAAAAAACCAGCAUCUCAUUCACCACACCCUGAAUCUGAGAGGCCUAGUUCUGCAUCCAGUGAGAAAUCUUUCACAGAAACAGGUGCUUCCUGCAGUCCCUCCCCUCAGGCAGAUGCGCAGCUGGGAGAAGUAGAGAACUUGGAGGAUUUUGCAUUACGUCCUGCACCCCGUGGUAUUAGUGUCAAGUGUCGAAUCACUAGAGAUAAGAAGGGAAUGGACCGGGGCCUCUUCCCUACUUACUACAUGCAUCUGGAAAGGGAUGACAACAGAAAGACAUUCCUUCUUGCAGGGAGAAAAAGAAAGAAGAGCAAAACAUCGAAUUACCUCAUAUCAGUUGACCCAACUGAUUUAUCCCGGAAAGGGGAAAGUUUCAUUGGAAAACUCAGGUCAAACCUCAUGGGAACUAAAUUUACAGUCUAUGACCAUGGAGUUAACCCAAUCAAGGCACAAAGUCUAGUGGAAAAGGCUCAUACAAGACAGGAACUUGCAGCUAUUUGUUACGAAACCAACAUCUUAGGAUUCAAGGGUCCCAGAAAAAUGUCUGUGAUCAUUCCAGGAAUGAAUAUGAAUCAUAAGCGAAUUCCAAUCCGUCCACGAAAUGAACAUGAGGGUCUGCUGUCAAAAUGGCAAAACAAAAAUUUGGAGAACCUCAUUGAGUUGCACAACAAGGCUCCAGUCUGGAAUGAUGAUACUCAGUCCUAUGUUUUGAACUUCCAUGGGAGAGUCACUCAGGCCUCAGUGAAGAACUUUCAGAUUGUCCAUGACAAUGACCCUGACUACAUUGUGAUGCAGUUUGGUCGUGUAGCAGAAGAUGUGUUCACUCUGGACUAUAAUUAUCCCCUCUGUGCUCUUCAGGCCUUUGCUAUUGGGCUCUCCAGCUUUGACAGUAAACUGGUCUGUGAAUGAGACAACAGACUUGAAACAUGGAACUCACUCGCAUGCUUGCAUCUUGUAGGAGUUCCAGGUGUAGUAAUGAAGAGCAUAUUGGAGGGGAAAUGGAGGACAGACUUCUACAGGCUUAUUAGAAAGCACAUUCCAGCCCUCAGAGCAUUGCGAGUGUUGGCAGUAGACCAUCCUGGGAGCAGUCUCUGUAUGUACUGUGGAAGAACAAGAAAUAUAGGUGAUGGUUUUGUCAUUGGUGUUGAUUCUGCUUUCAGAAUCUUUAUUUACAGAUGCUGCAUGACAGUGAGUUAAGCCUACUAAUUGGAACUCCUUGCAUCUAGGAUAGAAAAAUAAUGACUAAGUGUUCCUAUCCCUUGAAACUUCCUUAAAACCUGGAAGAUGAUGCUACUCAUGAGUUUCUGAUCAGAUGAAUUCAGAAAAAAUGAAACAGCUGGAAUAAGACAUUGGCUCUAAUAUAACACUUUUACUCUGUGAGAUGAUUCUCUGUUAAGGCUGAUAAUCCAUUUCCCUUUCAGUAUUCUAAUUGCUCUCUAUCCCUUGACCUUUUUACCAAAUAAAGAACAAUCAAAUCUCAAACACUGCCUUUUCAGAUGGUGAUAUUGUAUUCAUUGCUGCUUCUGUUAAAGAGACUGAAUAGAUGAUAGAAUCUGACUGAAUUUGACAGAAGGUAGUACUGUAACAAUAUACAGUACUGUUCCUGAAAAGCAGUGUUGUGAUUGAAUUGUCUGUUGUUCAUAAAAUUUGUUACGUUUCUAGGAAUAGGUUUGUGACCAAUUUCAUUUUUUUAAUAUGAGAUUAUCUCAAGUCAUGACAUAUUAAAGUAGAUUUUGUAUAAAUAAUUUUAACCUGACUAUAAGAAGGAGUUACCUCAUUAAGAGAUUACAGGUAUUUUCAAAGGCAUCAGUAAGUUUAAAGGAAUUGUAUCAUGAGGCUUUGCAAUGUGUCCUUCGAGUGUUCUGUUUUUAAUACUGGAUGUACAAUAUGGAGUCUGUAGGUCACAGCUUGGAACACCUCUUGAUUCAUAUGGCCUUAACUCAUCAGAGUGGAUUGCUGCACAGUGUGACAUGGAGGCCUCAUAGUGUACACACCUGCUGUCUGCUGAAGCAGAGAACAAUCUUGCAACAAUCCCAUCUUGGAACAAUGCUAUCUUGCCUGUUUCACAACCAUUACACAGAUUUAUAAUGGUCCUGGAAAAGACCAUCUUUUAUUGAGACAAGAAUUAGUUGUUCUCCAGCUUUGGGUAUUGUCCUUGUCAGCAGACUAACUCUAAGCUGCAAAGAGCAGAUACAUUGCUUUUGGUCUCUGGAGUCUUUGCAGUGGUGAAUAUCACUCACUCUUUCAAAUUAACAAAAUUUCGUGGAGACGUUUUCUGAUAUUGCCAGAAAAAAUAAUUAUGGUAAUCAUGUGUAAACUCUGUAUUUAACUGUAACUUAUGAAUUGAUGCUGAGAAGUCCAUCUCAGGUAUCUCUCAGAUGACCAUUCUGCAUUAGCUGGUGAGCCAUUGUCUUGAGAUGAUCUCAUCAGAAAAGCAGUCAGUGAAGAGAACUUGAAUCCUGAUGGAUCUCUUCUGUGCCUUUGUGUACUUCCUGCUCAUCAGGCUGGGGACCAGACCUGGCAGUGCUUUCCAGUUGUGCUCUUCUGAGGUCUUGGCUGACGGUUCUGCCUUCCUGCUACGCGUCCAGAAAAAUGACGUCCAUUUGUGUACCUGUCUGAUUAUUUUUCUGACUGGGAAUGUGUGAAGGAAACUGCCUUGUGUUAUUUUGGGAUGACCUGAAGGUAGAAUGCUUAUUUCCAAUUCAAGAUGAUUUUCUGUGUCCUCAGAAGGCCACAGUAACAUCCCUUUACUCAAUUAGGCCUGUCAGAAGUGGCUCUUCAAGCUAUUUGUUGACAUCAAUGAUCCUGUCAGGGCCUCUCAGUCAAAUUAUACAGACAGAUGAACAGAUUCAGUGCUCUUUAUCAGAUACUGUUUUACAUUAAUUGUAUUUAUAACUUUUAUAUCUAAAUGAAAAUAAACUAAUUUAUAUAUUGAAAAA